GAAAACAAUAUUCAAAAGUAAUAAACCCACAUUUUUUUUUCUCUUUUGACAAAAAUUUGCCAUUGUGUUUUUUUUUUACAACGUAUUCACCAUUUUUUUGAUUUAAGAAAAAGUGAGAACAAAUUUUGCAACCUUCGAUUUGGAGGGUGCCAAUUCCCGAGAAUCAAGUUGUUCGAAACUCAAUUUGCCUAUAUAUAUACAGCCCUAGUCAUUUUCUUCCUCUCUCACUGCUUCUUUCAUUGAUUUUUGAUUCUUGUGAGUUUAACAACCUCAUUCUCUCUCCUUCAAAAAUGGUGGCUGAUCACGGUCCCAAAUCCAACAUUUCUUUCGCUGGAACCUUUGCCAGUAGCGCUUUCGCAGCUUGUACGGCCGAGAUUGUUAGUAUUCCCUUGGACACUGCUAAAGUUAGGCUUCAGCUCCAAAAGAAAGCCGUUGAUGGAAUGGCCUUACCAAAGUACAAGGGUCUGCUGGGAACAGUUGGCACCAUUGCCAGGGAAGAAGGUCUAUUAGCACUAUGGAAAGGAAUUAUACCUGGGUUGCAUCGUCAAUGUAUAUAUGGGGGCUUAAGAGUUGGAUUAUAUGAUCCUGUUAAGACCUUAUAUGUAGGACAAGACUUUGUUGGAGAUGUUCCUUUAACUAAGAAAAUUCUUGCUGCAUUGACAACUGGUGCUCUGGCAAUUACAGUUGCAAAUCCAACUGAUCUUGUAAAAGUUAGACUUCAAUCUGAAGGAAAGCUUCCCCCUGGGGUGCCAAGACGCUAUUCUGGAGCAUUGAAUGCUUAUUCCACCAUAGUUAGACAGGAGGGCUUUGGGGCUCUAUGGACUGGAAUUGGACCCAAUAUAGCAAGAAAUGCUAUUAUAAAUGCUGCUGAGCUAGCUAGCUAUGAUCAAGUGAAGGAGUCGAUUUUGAAAUUACCAGGGUUUACAGACAAUGUUGUUACACAUCUUUUCGCUGGUCUGGGGGCAGGUUUCUUUGCUGUCUGUAUUGGCUCACCAGUUGAUGUGGUUAAGUCGAGAAUGAUGGGUGAUCCUUCUUACAAAAGCACACUUGACUGUUUCAUCAAAACUUUAAAGACUGAUGGUCCUCUUGCUUUUUACAAGGGUUUCUUGCCAAAUUUUGGGCGGCUAGGAACCUGGAAUGUGAUUAUGUUCCUCACGCUAGAACAGGCCAAGAAGCUUUUCAAAAAAGAUUAGAGUCAUCUUGAUUGCUUUCUUUGGAGAUAAUCUGAGCCUACAAUUUGAUUUCUUUGGAACAAGCCUUACUGUUAAUGGAACUUUUCGAAUAGAAUAAUAAAGCUUUAAGCCAUUGUAUUUCUCUCAAUUUUGUUAAGAGGGAAAGAAGACUUCUUCAAUGGAGUGGAAAAAGAUAACAUUUUUAAUUUUAUUAAAAAUUGAGUUUACUUGCUAAAAUUUAAAUAAUAUGUAUUAAUAAUUUCAGUCCAAAAUAAAUAUGUAACAAAGAAACAUUUUAUAAAAAAAUAUAUGUAUUUAAUUUUACAUUCAUCACGUGUAGUGACACUUUUACUAAAUUGUAAUGUGAAUCUACAAGGAAAUGCAUAAUC